GCGCGACCAGUCUGGCUGCGUUCACCGAGUCGCGUGGUCUCGUCGUGUUCAUGACCGACCGAUCGUCAGUCCGCGACAAAACGUGCGAAACUUGCGAAUUUUUUAAGUUUUUCCUUGACUUAAAUGUUUCAAGUGUUUCAACGAUAUAGUAAUCGAUGAUUUUAUGGAGUGCGACGUUUUUUUUUUCAUUCGAUGGUGCCAUGUGAGUAAACUGUGCGAAUGUUUUAAUUCCGUGCAGUAAUUUUUUAUUAAUUAGUGUAAGUUGCGUGAGUGUCAAUAGAAUGACGGAUUUCAACACGGUCAUCGAAGGUACUGUCAAGUUUCGGGAUGGAAAGAAAUGGAAAUCCAGGUGGUGCGUGAUGCGAAAGCUAUCUCCUGUUGCAGGUAAUGAAAUUUGUAACAGUUCAAUCAAUUUUACUGAUUGUUUACACUUGCAAUUGUACAGAGACAGCAAAGAUCGAUACAAACAAGGACAAACAAAAGCUUCUCUAUCAUUGCAGCAAUUUUUAGGAGUAGAAUCGGGGUUUACCUUAGACAAAGAAUCAAACACGAUAGCUAUCAUCUGUCAAGACGUGACUGUCGUAUUAGCUUUUGAUACUAGGGAGCGACUUAUUCAAUGGCAAGUGAAAAUAUCUGCAAAUUUAGGAGACGACCAACAGUUCUUGAUCCAAAUUGCGUCAUGUCCUACAAAAUCGAAAAUAUCAGCUGGGCCAGCUCGACUACACAUACAAGAUUUAAGAUUUUCACUAACGACCGGCGUACCCCCAAAAUUAGCUGGAGUUUGGGAGCUAAGAUACCUUAGGAAAUAUGGUGUGAUAGAAAAUCGAUUUUGUUAUGAGGGUGGUUCAAGGUGUGGAAAAGGAGAAGGUCUGUUUGUGUGUUUUACCGAUCAAGGUGACGAGAUCACUAGAUGUAUGAACCUAGCGGCUGAAAGUAAACUAGCCUCUAGAAAGCGAUUCCUUACAAGAAAUAUGUCUGUUUUAGAAAGUCCAUCUAGAAGAGGAGGUCUGUUAUCUCGACUAGACUCCAGAGCUUCAGAAUAUGGAGGAGACCAAUGUUCUUUUAUUCAACAUUCGCAUGACCGCAAUAACGAAGACAACUCAUGUUGGCCAUCGAACGAAAGUCGACUGGAUAAUUCUGACUUUGGAGAUACAGCCUCUGUCGGUGACUUCCCCGAUCACUCAAACUCACAGGAAUGCACUUGGACUCCUGAAAUAGCUUUAGAACGAUGUGCUAGCUGUAUUAGUAAAUUAGGAGCAUUAUCCAGGUCAUCAACUAUGGCCAACACCCCAGGUAGUAUUGGAUUCAACCCAGCCUGGACUAUGGAUAAUGACAUAUCCACGCAAAUGACCAAUGGUCAUCAAUGUUGUGGUGGAUAUGUAUCAUCACAGAGCAGCAGUAGUGGGGGAAGUGGUUCCGUUUGUAGCACUGAAUAUUCUGUGCCUCGAAAAGUUUCAUCGAAUACCGUAAAUGAGAAAAUCAAUAAAUGUCAACCGGAAACUUGUACGUCGAUAACACCAAGUAGACCUCCAAAACCAAUUCAUAUGAAACAGGAAACCAACACUGCAGUGAAAAAAGCUCCGAUGCCAUUACCAUCGCAACCGGAGAACUCAACGUGUACGUGUAGAUGUUCCUCUGCCACCAAUAAAUCUCAACUACAACAACCAAAACAAUACUACCUCAAUAAUUACGACACUCCAAAGUCUGUCGCCUUAAAGCACAAUACAUCAUACUUAUCGACUAUACAAGACGAAUAUUAUGACACUCCUAGAAACAUUAAGUCAGUUUUAGAGGUCAAUCCCUACGGUAACUACGAUACUCCACCCUCUCCAGUAGCAGUUCACAAAAAAAAAUCUGCAGCCAGUACGGCUAAACCGCAAAUAGAAGAUAAUUGUAAUGUUUUUGUAUGUCCGUGCCAAAAGUCCAUUAGUUGCUGGUCAAAUAACUACAAAGCAAUGCCUCUUUGCAAUAAUUUGAAUCAUACAAACAAUGGUUUCCGAUCGAUCAACUACUCUCCGGAUUGCCAAGGACAAAAGACUGUCAUUUACGCCACUGUGGACGUUACAAAGAAAAAGAAGCACACAGAUCUCUCCGACACAUGUACUAAUUAUAUGAACUUGGAACCUGGCAAAGAUCAAUCUGCGAUGACGAUGACAACGACAGCUGAUCGGAAAACAGCUGAAAACUACAUGAACUUAGAAUUUAGCGAAUCGCUGUGUCACUACGAAAAUGCCAAGAGCGUGUUGACUAAGGUCGGCAUGGCACCCGUAGCAGCCAUGUAUGACAACAAGUGCAGCAAGUGCGGUCAUCAAACAAUGGAACGCGAUGAAAACGGAAGUUGUAGUAGUGCCGGCAGUGAUUACAUGACAAUGGAACCGGUUAACGGACGAAUGAUUGAAGUUAAGCGUAACUUGUUCCCCGGUUACUUGCAUAUGUCGCCAGCUGCUGGUCAACGCGACAUGCUUAAAAACGUGUUGAAUAAGGGUCUGGCUGAAAAGUCGGUUAGCAUACCGAGUCUUAAUGAAUAUAAUGUUGGCGGUGCACCGAUAAACAAGACUCUUACUCGAGUAGAAGAACCCCGAAGACGCUCUAGUUCAGCAGGGUCGUCUACGACGGUCGACAGCAAUAGAUACGACGAUGACGACGAGGAACAACAGAAUGUAUCGGCGACUGAUCAACCGUCCAGCGGCCGGACAUCAUCCGCCGACAGUAUGACUAGUCAGAUCGCCAAGUGCCCCAGCGGUGGAGUGUCGAGAGACGAUCAACAAGCCGCCGUUUUAGUUCACAUAAGACGAUCGUCUAGCGUACCGUGUAAAAACAACCGGGACUCGUCCAGUUCCAAUGAUUCAGGCGUGUCCACUGGUUCAUUGAGGUACCGCGGAGCCGAUUUCGCGGAAUUCGAAUUGCCACUCACCACAUCCAUGUCGACCAUGCGGCACAGACGCAAUGUAGCUCGAGACAGCACGCUUAUGACCGGUGGAUGUGUCCACGGUUCGCUUCCAAGGCGAUCCAAAUCAACAGAUAGACUUAAAGAACUAAGUUUCAGAUUUCAAAGAUUUGCCGGACCCAUGAAAUCCUCGUCUGCUGGCGCCGAAGUACCCGUUUGCAUGAAAAAAGAAAAAGGGUACAAUUUAAAUACAGAAGGUAUAACGGCAAUUCCGUUUUUGGAUUCACAAAGCACAAGUAGCUGCACUUCAGAUAUGAGCGAUUACAUUGAAACAUUAUCAUUAUCUUCACACAGUUCAUCAGACACCAACAACGAAAAUCUCAGAUUUGGUCGACCUGCAACUAAAACAACCCUCAAACCUCGUUCCGGAAAAGAGUAUCACCAAAUUGGAUAUUUUCUUGAUGGUGAUCCUAAAGUAAAAUCUAAUGUACCUCCAGUCCCUGAAAAAUCUGAAAGUUCUUCAACAUACCUCUCAACGCAAAAAACAAAUAAAGCUUAAUUAAAAAUAUAUAUAUAUAUAUAUUGAAGUGCAUGAUAACAUUUCAUUGGGUACCAUUAGUUUUUACUUGAUUUAACUCAGAAAAACUUUACGUUUUGCAAAAAUCUUAAAAUUUUAUAAUAGAAAUUUUGUUAAAAUAUCGACACAAUACAUAAAUGAUACCCAUAUACAUGUGUACAAAAAAUGUAUAAUUAAACUAUACAUUAACUUUUAUUGAAAAUAACAUAUCACAAUAUAUUGUAUAAAAUAUUAAAAUAGUAUACUUAUUAAUAAUAAUGAUGUAGUAUUAUAGCAUUAAAUCGAAGACUGCUAACUUAAAAGUAAACUACACAUAAUAUACAAGUGUACCUUAUGUCUGUACAUUUAUAUAAAGUAUUAUAUAUAUAUAUAUAUAUGUAAUAACGUCUUAGUCUAAGAACUAGUCAUCUUUAGUUAAUUUUUUAUUAUCUGUAGUGGAAUUAUCCCGUUAAAAAAUAAUGUACUAUAAUAAUAAAUGUAUAAAAUUAUACUAGUUGAUAAAUAUUUUUAAAUAUGUACAAUGUGUUUCAAUCAAUAUGAACAUUUAUCUUAUGUACAUUAAACAUAUUUUGUAUGGAUUUUUUAAUAACGAAUUCACACG